AUGGUGUUCAAGCCGUUCACCCACCUCGCGCGUCAGAGUUUCACCAAAGCCUUCACUCAUGGCUAUGCUCAAUCCGUAGUCGCCGCGUCGCAGUCCUCGUACGCGUCGUCCACCACCCUUAACCAACUCGCCAACCAACCCGCCAAAUUCUCCCGCACCGCCCUACAGAAUGUCUUCCAGCCGUCCAGUUCCUCCGGAGCUGGCGCCAAGGCCAGCCAGGGCUCCGGCUCCGGCGACUUGGGCUUAGCCGCCUACUACGCCGCCUGGCAGCACGCCCAGCAGACCGGGGAUGACAGUGACUGGAAACAGUUGCAGUUGAAGCGACGCAUCGGCUGGAAGCCCACGCCGGAGGAAGUCACCAAGUCGAAGGAUGGCGAGGAUGUUCCAUCUCCGGCCGGUCUGCGGGACUCGCCCCAUAUCACCAAGGCUUCCGCCAACGCCGAUGUCAGUGCCCAGGUGGAGGAAGCGGUUGCUCGGGAGAUCCAGAUCCAGGAAGAACAGGCGAAAGCGGAAGAGGCCGAGGAAGCAAAAGAAAGUACAGAAACCGAGGCCUUCCCGGACCUCCCGGACGAUGUCGCUGCCAUCGCUGACGUGGCCACCGAACAAUCGCGUGUGGCGUCCGAUCAAAUCGUCCAGCUCGCCUCGAAGAAGCAGUUUUCCGACAUCCCCGGAGCCUUUGCCGCCCUUCUCCGCGAUGGAAUCACCCCGACUGUCGGAGCCUACAAUGCCUUGCUGGAGUCAGCCAUCCAGCUCCAUGGUGAUACUGCCCAGGCCAUCCAGAAGGCUCUCGACGUGUACUCUGAUAUGCUCCGUCGUAGGGUAAUUCCCGAUGAGCAGACCUAUCAGACCUUGGUUCAGCUCUUUGUGGUGCGUGCGCACGACGCCAUCAAGUCCAAGGACUUGCUGGAGCAGGACCGAGCCCGCUACGGCGGAAUGGAAGAGCCCGGCAAGUUCAUGCUGCAUUCGAGCGAACUUGAACAGGCCAUUCUGGCGGAAGACAACUCGCUGAACAUCGCUAUCAAACUCUUCAGCACCGCUACCGCUCGCCACGCCAACCUGGUCUUUUCGGUCGAUACGUAUCGCUACUUCAUCACCGCAUGUGCAAAGGAAGGCCAAGUCGAGGCCAUGAUCCGCGUCUAUGGCCACAUGGAGUCCAACAAGGUGACUCCUCACGCGUCGAUCUUCCCCGCUAUGAUCGAAGCGUUUGCGUCGACUGGGGAUCUCCAGAGCGCGGUGGAGUGCUACAACGAAUACAAGGCUCUUGCCAUCUCGGACGACAACGGUACCUUCAGCAUUAUUCAGCGUCUGGAUGGACAGGUAUACGCGGCAUUGGUCAACGCCUAUCUGUCCUGCGGAAAGGAGGAGGAUGCGCUCCGAUUUGUCGACCGCAUCCGCUCCUCGUUUGAUGACGUGACCGAGAACAAGGCAGCCCGCCAGGAUGCCGUUGAGACGGUGAUCGUGCAAGAUGCUCUGGUGCAACACGCCCUCAAAUUGGGUCAACAUGAUAGGGCGCUGGCUCACGCCAAGACCCGCUUGCACGAUGGGGCCCUGGAUCAUGCCAUGUCUCAGAUCUGCAUCGCCGCGGCGGAUGCCGGGAACCUCCAGGCUGCUUCCGAGGCGUAUGACUCCCUUCCAGCCGACAUUGGUCUUCAGCAGGGCCCCGCUGUGUCCAUGCUGGCGCUGCAUAUCCGCCUGGGCAAUGUGACGGAGGCCCGACCCCUGUGGCGCAUGUUGAGUGUCGACGGUCAGGCUACGUCGGACAUGGUCCAGCCGACAGCCAUGUAUUCGGUCGCGUUGUUGAAGAGUGGCCAGAUCGAAGAGGCGUUGCUGGAAGCUCGCAAUAUGUUCGCGCGGAUUCGCAAUGCCUCCCCCGACAACCAUCUGCUGAACCCUAUCCGUGAACAGAUUAACGAGAGUCUCCAUCUACUUGGCCGUGUUCUCAUCCAGACAGCCGCUGUACUCUCUCCUCAGGCCGUGAUGACUCUCCUCUGGUCGAUGGUUGAGAAUGGCGGGCUGGUCUCGCCGAUCGCAGAGCAUGCGGUCGCCAGCCUGGGACCUCUCGGCAUUCAGCAACUCAACGCCAACGACCUUACCCUGGCCCUCCAGGUCCAGGCUGGUAUGCUUGUCAACAACACCUCUGCCGCAUUCGAUGUCGCCCAUCCGAUCCGGUUUGCUCACAUGCUCGACAUUGCCCUGGCCACCAACCUCCAGUUGGAUGCUUUCACCACCCGCGUGGUCGACCAGGCGGUUGGGAAGCUGUUCAACACCCGUCCGGACAUGGUCAGGAGAUGGCACGACCAUCUGGGAUUGACCUCGAGUUCGUCGUCGUUUGUGUCUGACCGCCGUACCCCCGUGUCCGAGGUCUCUACCAUGACUUCUGCGCCCAGCGAAGAUUCCUUCGACCCUCACGCCUAUGCUACCGACUUCCGAGGUUCCUCGAUGAUUGCCGAAGAAUUGGAGAACGCCCACGGUCGGCCCGAGUCCCACUUGAACGAAGCCUUGAACCGCCUGCGGAACAUGCGGCGCAACGGCCGCCAUCCUCGCUACAUCACGUACGCGAAGCUGAUCACCGCCGCUGCCAAGGUGCAUCGCAUGGAUCUGGUCAACGAGAUUCUGAGCAUGGCUCGUCGCGACGUGCCUCUGCUUCCUCAGUACCAUGCGGUGAAGUACGGCUGGGUGUCGAUUCUGGACGCCAUGGUGGCUUCGUGCCUGACUCUCGGAGACCGCACGAUGGCCGCCAAGUACCACCGUGAACUCCUGGAGCUUGGCUCUGCCCCGUCGGCCAACACCUUUGGUCUGUACAUUACCACGCUUAAGGAAUCGACCAAGACUUUCGACGAGGCCACUGAGGCGUUGAAGAUCUUCCAUCGUGCCGUCGCUGAGGGCGUGGAACCCACCUCGUUUUUGUACAAUGCGCUCAUCGGUAAGUUGGGUAAGGCUCGUCGCAUCGACGACUGCCUGCUCUACUUUGCUGAAAUGCGCGCCAACAAUGUCCGCCCGACCAGCGUGACCUACGGUACGAUCGUGAACGCGCUCUGUCGUGUGAGCGAUGAACGGUUCGCUGAGGAGAUGUUCGAGGAAAUGGAGUCGAUGCCUAACUACAAGCCUCGGCCUGCUCCCUACAACUCGAUGAUCCAGUACUUCCUCAACACGAAGCGCGACCGCAGCAAGGUCCUCGCCUACUACGAGCGCAUGCUCACGCGCAACAUCAAGCCCACCAUGCACACCUACAAGCUACUCAUUGAUGCUUACGCGUCUCUGGAGCCCGUUGACAUGAAGGCAGCUGAGAAGGUCCUUGAGACCAUCCAGGCCACCGGACAGCAGCCCGAGGCCGUGCACUAUGCGUCUUUGAUCCACGCUCAUGGGUGUGUGUUGCGCGAUAUGGAGGCUGCCCACAACGUCUUCAAGUCGGUCACCUCAAAGUCCAACGUGCGUCUGCAGCCUUGCCUCUACCAGGCCCUCCUGGAGGCGAUGGUCACCAACCAGCAGGUGGCGCAGACGGAAGCGAUUGUGGCCGACAUGGCGCAGCGCGGCGUCGAGAUGACUGCCUACAUUGCCAACACCCUGAUCCAGGGAUGGGCAACCGAGGGCAACGUGGCAAAGGCCAAGGCCGUCUACGAUAGCAUCGGGCUGAACAAGCGCGAACCCAGCACCUACGAAGCUAUGACUCGUGCCUUCCUGCUGUCUGAGGACCGGGAGGGUGCCUCUCGCACGGUCCAAGAGAUGUUGUCCCGCGGGUAUCCCACUGCGGUGGCCAGCAAAAUCGUGGACCUGGUUGGCGGCGGCCCGGCCGUUGCGGCGCUUUAA